AUCUGCCAUUAGCGUGGUGGCAAAAGUGAAAAGUAAAUUUGUAUAUUUACCGCGAAAGAGUUCAAUGUCAGCCUCCCAUAACCGGUAGGAAAUAGUGCUCUCAGUUUGCCAGCAGAUCGACCCGAGAUUACUCCAGCUGGCCGUAAGAAAGAACAGCGGGCGACAGUCAAGUUGGUGUGGACGUUUAUAAAUGGCCAAGUUUUCAGUGUUACCCCGUCUUCUGUUCAACGCGAGAAAUGUGCUCCGGUAAAAGGUGAAAUUGACGAAAAAUGUUGACGAUCUGUGUCUUCGCUUGGCUCGUUUUUGCGGUAGAGACCACACCAAUCAACAUCUCAUACACAGAAAGAGUAGGGAAACUGAGAAUAAUUUCCCUGACAUCGAACCUCAGCAAAGCCAGAAACCACACAGAAAAAGAGGUGGUAUUCCCAGAUGAGUAUGAUGUGAUUUUUGACCCUCUCCCAAGGAUAAACGGCAUACCCAAAUGUUCAAACGGCGAUACUUUCUGCGAAAACUUUGAAACCUACCCAAAACAUCACCUCAGACAGAUCCUUGCUCAGAAGGAGAGUCUCAGAGAGUUCUUCGGUAAAGAUGAGGAGGCUCCCUUUAUAGUCAACAGGCAUGGUGGUUUGGAAGAAUCCGUGAAUUAUCUUUGUCCAGCGGUGGAGAGAACGGUGUUUCCGAAGAUCGGUAAGAACAAGAACAACAAGUGGAAGUACAUCAUAAACCAGGGAGAAGAUGGAUACAUCCAAGGGGUACGAGUGGAGACCUGCAGGAGGAGAAACGCCCCAUGUGACAUCAUAAGCGAGCUGCCCUUGGGCUACAUAACUAGCUGUAAGCAAAAAUACAUCUACAGACGACUGUUGUCAGUGAGUGACCUUGGUGCACCAACUCCUGAUACCUUCCAGCUGCCCUCAGCCUGUUGCUGUUCCUAUAAAAGAGAUAUGGACUUUUUGGCGCGUCAUGGUAGUCAAAAAUUGAAGGCUGUGACUCCCAGUAAAACCUUCAAACUUUCCUGAUGAUUGCAUCAGUAUACUGAAGAAAUAAAUUGUUUUUAGUA